UCAGUGAUCAGCGAUCAGCUGUAUCAGCUAACCCAACGCAAAAUGGUUCGGAAUUACUGAUGAGUAGUCCUUUUCCAUCAUUGUUCCAACUGAAGCUUGUUGUUGUCAGCACACAAAGGUAUGUGCAGAUCAACUGGAAAGAGAGUGAUCCCUUUGAAGAGUUUGGCUUUUAGUUAUCUGAGUACUCCUGACAAAGACAGUGGCCUGAGCUGCCUGCAGUCAGCCUGCAUAAGGGAAAAUGUCGAUACAGUUAGCGCAAUCUUGAAUUAUAGUAUAGAUAAGCUUGACAGUGUAAUAGCGUUUAGCAUUAAGAUUGGCUGGAAUGCAUCACGCUUCGCUGGCAAAUCCAUUUACACCGUCUUGAGGCAGCGUGACUCGAAAGAUCAUCGACAGAUUAGCGAGUUUGUGGAAAAAGUUAUCAAGCAUUUCCAAGGCCAAUCACUUUUACAUUUGGCUGAGAAAAGGGGACAAGUUGAGCAUGUUAGGAGACUACUUGACUGCGGAGAGGAUGUCAAUUUCAGGAUGCCUGAUUAUCUCGCCCUGAGAGAAACACCUCUUAUGUUGGCGGCCAGCUUUAAUGAGGUAGAUGUUGUAGAGUUUCUUGUUGAAAGAGGAGCAUCACUAGAGCUCGAAGAUAAUAGAGGGUUCACUGCAUUACAUCACGCUGCGAUGGGUGGUAAAUCAGAAAAUAUUCUUCGACUAAUACAGCUCGGAUGUAAUGUUUCAAAGGUAGAUCAUAAGGAAUCCUCAGGGAUGCACCUUGCGGCUAAAAACGGUCACACAGAGGCAGUCCGUCUCCUUUUAGAGCAUGGUGCUAAUGUAAAGAUUGCCAAUUGCAUUUUUAUGAUUCCUUUUACAUUAGCAGUAAAAAAUGGCCACCUUAAAACAAUCAAAUUGCUGUUGAAAAAUGGGUGUGAUUUCAUUGUUGUUAACGAUGAAGCAGGAAGGCUUCCCUUCGCCAUGCUGUAGAAGGUGGACACGUAGAUGUAGUUAAACUCAUUCUGCAAAGCAAUUGCAGUGUAUUUGGCAGGACGAGUAACGGGGAUACAGUUCUUCACUUAGC